AUGUACUUCCUUUCAACUGAUAUGGUAAUAAAUCAUAGUUCUAUUUUAAUAUUAGGGAAUUUUAUAUUUUUAUUAAUACAUUAUCUAUUAAUUUGGUCUAGAGCAUCAAUUAUGUUAAUUUUCGGAUAUUUAUUAAUUCCAUUUUUUGGAUCUAAAUUCAUGGACAUAGCGCAUCACAGUUUCCUAUUAUCAACUCUUACAACUUCAUUUAUAUUAUUUUCAUUCAACCAACUUACCGAAGAUGUGUAUUUUUGCAUCUCAGCCAAGUUGGCUGAUACACUAGGAGGUGUCGGUAUUAUUGUAUUAUCUUUAACUAUUCAAAUUUGGGGUUACACCUUAGCAGAUCCCAUUUGCUUAUUAUAUAUUAGUAUCUUAAUUUUCCUAUCUGUAUUACCAUUAAUCAAUGGAACCGCUAAAACUCUUUACAAUGUACCAGAUUCAAUUACUCAAAAGAUUUUAGGUACUCCAGGUUUAUUAAAUUAUCAUUUUUGGGGUCAUUAUUAUGAAAUGAAUAUAGCAACUCUUAAAAUUCAAGUCGAUUCAAACGCUGACAACGAGAAGAUUAAAAAAUCAAUUUCAAAAUUCUUAAAACAUGAUUACUCAGUUCACAAAACUUUGAUUGAAUUUGUAAAUCUUUUAAAUAAUAGUAAUAACAAUAAUAAUAAUAAUGAAUAG